UCCCAAAAUUAUGCAGCGGGGAAUGGAGUCUGUAGCACUUGCUACUCGAGUACAUUCUAACUAGUAUGGUUUCGAAAAUAUGUAGAUGACAUUAGUGCCAAAGAAACGCAAUGUCGCAUCCUUACAUGCUAGUUCUGCCGUGUUAUGUUACCGAAUUUGAGCUGAAUAGGUACAAGCAAAAUGCAGUAAGCGCAUUCUAAUAGAGCGAUUACUUCGAUUGCAUCCUCCCGGAUGUAAACGGGACUUUGUUUGCUCACAGGAGACGGAAGAGUACGGAGACCCCGUGGAUGUGUCGCACAUCGUGAACCUGCUACGGGCCGGGCUGGGCUUCCGGCUGCGCCAUGUGGACCAGGGUCAGGGCAUGCUGCCGUGCGUCGAGGGGCCCGGCUGCCGCGUCGUGGCCACCUGCACCUUCUCGGGACUGCGCGCCGUGCUGGAGCUGCCGCAGCCCACGUGCUGCUGCCGCCGCUCCGAGACGGACACGGAGACGCACUUCUGGAGCGUCUCUUCCAGCACGGAAUCACUUCAUGAAGCUGGUUGUUCAUCAUUGCCAGAAUUAAACCAAGGGUUGGGGAAAGUUGUGAGAGAAGUGUUGAGCCAACUCAAUCAUGUUAUGAUUGACCUAAAUAAUCCACUGGCAAUAAGAGAGAUUGCAACAAAAAUUAUGACAACAGGUAGUUUGCAAUCACUUACUCCAAGCCCUGGUAUGGAAACAAUGAGACGUGUUAGCUCAUCACCCAUUCUUUCACAAGAUAGUAGCUCUGUUUGGUCACAUCAAGGCCCAAAUGAGCAUCUGAAACGUGAAGAAUCAGCAGUUUCAUUGCAGGAAUUCCCUUCAAUACCAAGCACUGAAAUAUCUCCUAUUAAAGGAUCAACAACAAAAAGUGUACCAUCUUUCAGGACAUCAAGUCCACGAUCCAUACAAUCUUCUUUGGAAAAACUAAGUUUAAGAUCCAAUUCAAAUAUAAUAGAAAAACUAGAAGGUAUCCAUAAGGAACUUGGUAAUAUUCUAUCACUUGCCAGGGGCAACAGCCCUAGUGUAAUGGAUAAAACAAGGCAGCUUCAUGCAGUUAACAAUUCAGCACAAAAUUCGACACCAAAAUCAACACCAAAAUCUACAAGGAAACAACCUGCAUCAAGACUAGUACCAUCAUCUGUUCCAAGGCCACAACAGAAAAGGACGCUACAAACACCACAGACACUGCCUCGAGAUAGAACGAUAAUGAUAAAGCCUCAGUCAACAGUUAAGAAAUUCUUUUCUGGUUCAAAACUGAAAACUGCUCAGGCAGACCCAUCAGGUAUUGCUUCUAAGGCAACACAAAUUGUUGCAAGGCGCAGAAUAAGUCCUCAAACACCAGCACAAAAUAUGGAUACAAAAUUGAAAGUGGAUAAAAAGAAACUUACAAAAUGAGUAAUUUAUUGCACAUGCAUUUUACAAGCUCUCUGAACUGUAGUCUUAGAUUUAUUUGUAUGAUGCAAAAUGUCUACUGAACAUUAAUAAAUUUUAUAGGUGGUAAUAUUAAGUACUGUAAUAUUAUACUACCACUUUUGCAUAUUGUCGGAAAGCUGUUUUUUUUUUUUUUUUAUAUAUCAUUACCAAACAACAAUUUUAUCGUACUGUCCAAAAUUUUACUGAUGCAAAGUACCCCGCAGAGCAGUUAGUGCAUGUGCACAACAGUGUCUGUAAAACCUGCUCCCUAAAAACUGAGGGGUGAUCCCCUUACAAAACAUUAAAAACAUUCUAUCCUAAAUGUCCAUACAAACUACAUGGUUUUUAAUAUUUUAGGGGCUCAUCCACAAGUCAUCAGUAAGCAUAUUUUAAUAUUUGAGCUAUGUACUCACUCCUGGUUUUUAUAUUUGUGAGCAGGCUGCCAUAAGUAUCUGGGGAUAUGUAUGUAGAGAGCUAAACUCUGUUUCACAGUGUAGUAUUUAAAGACAAAAUUUUUAACUGAGGACAUGGACAUGUGUGUGUGGUU